GCUCAUAAGACAUUAUGCAGUUGCGAGCACUGUAAACACUUACCGAAAUAAAACAACAAUCUCUUUGUCAUAAUAUUAAGUAAUCAGUCUUGUGUCUUCUGGGCCAGACGUGCGCGCCUUUUUAUCCUUAAUAGAAAAGAGUUUACUGUCUCCGGCCUUAGAACAUAUUUUUUAUUCUGAUGAUUAUAUGGGGGGGGGGGGGGCACUUAUAAAACAGUAACUACGUAGUCUAAAAACAGCCAUAUGCAUUUAUUACAGCCGGAAGCUCCGUAUCCCGGACUCUAACGUGGAGAUCAUCAGGAUAAAAUGUGUCGCUGUUUCAGGCUCUUCCUCUCUACAGCUUUAAUAAAAAAGAGUUUACUGUCUCCAGCCUAAGAACAUUUUUAUACUGAUGAUUAUUGAGGGGGGGGGGGUGCUUAUAAAACAAUAACUAUAAUAACAUAAUCAUUUUUUACUUCAGAGUUUUGUUUUGUAUCUUUUCUUCACUUCCUACUUGGCAGCAUCACUUGCAUUCCUAUGAACUUGGCCCAGGCACUGACCACAGACUGGACACUGGGCAGUCUAGCUUGCAAGCUGGUUCCGUUCUUCACCCAGGUCAGCAUAGCGGCCAACGCCCUGACCUUGUGCUGCAUGGCGGCAGAGAGAUACCUGGCCAUUGUCUACCCGCUCAAGUUUACCUCUUUUCAU